AUGGACGAUGACGAUGACGACGAAGCCGGCACCGGUGGCAAGUCCACCGCUCGCGAAAGACGCAAGAUCGAGAUCAGAUUCAUUCAGGACAAGUCCAGACGCCACAUUACCUUCUCCAAGCGUAAGGCCGGGAUCAUGAAGAAGGCCUACGAGUUGUCAGUAUUGACCGGUACGCAGGUGUUGUUGCUUGUGGUCUCCGAGACCGGUUUGGUCUACACCUUUACCACGCCAAAGUUGCAGCCUUUGGUCACCAAGCCAGAAGGUAAGAACCUCAUCCAGGCCUGUUUGAACGCUCCUGAAGAGUCCAACGGCGCCGACGAGGACGAACCACAGUCCAGCGCGCCUACCCCACCGCCGCAGCAGCAGCAACAACAACAGCCACAUCCAGACCAGGUGGCCUACCAGCAGCAGCAGCACCAUCUCCAGCAGCAACAGCAAGCGGCCGCCGCUGCCGCUGCCGCUGCUUAUGGUGCUCCCCCAGUCCCUGGUGCCCAGGGCUACGGUGGUCCAGUUCCUGGUAACGAUAACACUGCUGCCUACCAGCAGUACUUCAACCAGAUGCAGAACCAGGCCGGUAACCCGCAAUUCUAA